CCACAGAUGUCGAUGCGGUUGCAACGGCGCACCCUAGGGAUGUGAAGUAAAACAAAAUAUCUUUUAAAUAAUGAGUGUAUAAAUAUUAUUUAAAUAUAAUGGCACAAAAGCCGGGGGAAUGGGCCAAUAUUCUUAUUGAACGCUUUGAGAGCCAGCUGCCUUGUCGAAUUGGAACACAAACGACUCAUUCAAAAUUCAAUGAAGAACAGAACAAAAAUUGUAUAAUCCAAAUUUCUAGAUAUCGUUUUGCCUUAGUUCUUGAUGGCUUCGUUAAAAUUUUGAAACGAACUCAGGAUCAGUUUCAAAGUGGGUCUAGUUGUGCACCCCGUCAGCAUGGUGCAGAAUUUGAAAAAAAUUAUUACGAUAGUAUAAUCAUAGUUCUAGAGACUUUGGAAAAAUGUUUCAGUAUUCAACCAAAAGAUUCUAUAAUCCUGACUAUGGAGGAAAAUCAAAAUCUCAAAGCUUUACUGAAGGAAAUAUGCGCUUUUUUAGAUUUAACGGCAGAAAAUGCAAACAUUCAUGUGAUUAAAACCUUGGCAAGUAAAGUCUUAUUUGCCUUGAGUAUAAAUUUUUUCAACGCUGUAUUCAGUCGUAUAUCUUCUAAGUUACAAGAGCUGGCAUCUUGUCCGGAUGAAAAUCCCGAUUUUAAUGACAUAGAUUUAAUUCAGCACAUAAAUGUGGAUGUAGUGAGAUUAACACGUAUAUUGAAUGAAGCAAUUCAAAAGUUCAAAUUAAUGAAGAAAUCCGCUCAGUUAGCUUUAGUUAAUUCCUUAGAAAAAGCUAUUUGGAAUUGGAUGGAUAAUUAUGCUCAGGAAUUCGCAGAAAUUCAAAAAAAUCCAAACGAAGAUUUAUCUAAAUGUUGUGAACAGUUAUUUGAUAUUCUCGAUAAUUUUGGCGACAAUAAGAAAGGAAGAGCAGCUGUAUGGUCAUUACAAAUGAUGUUACUUAUAUUAGCUCCUAAAGUUUUGGAAGAAAUCGUUAAUGCAGACUCUGGUGCACCAUGUUCUCCUAGACAUAAUAAGAAAAAGCAGUUCAUUGAUAGCAUCAAAAAAAGUAUAUCUGGUCACAGUAAUUCUAGUAAGCAGUUGACAGAAGCUGCUGCAGUCACAUGUGUUAAGUUAUGCAAAGCUUCAACAUACAUAAAUAACCUAGAUUCUAGUAAUGUAGCCUUUACACUCGUACAAAAUGUUGUUAACGAUCUGAAGACUCUUCUCUUUAAUCCGGUAAAACCAUUUUCUAGAGGACAGAAUUUUUUGAACCACGAUAUGGAACUCAUGAUGGAUUGUUUUGUAUCGUGUUUCCGCAUAAAACCCCAUAACAACGAAGCUCUAAAAGUUUGCCUCAACCUAAACUCCCCAUCAACUUACCACUUUGUCCUGGUGAGAUCUCUGUAUCGAAUUGUUACGCAAAAAAGGUUGAACUGGUGGCCCCAAAUUGAACUUGUAUAUAGUCGAUCAUCUGAACUCAGGGCUUUGUUCACGGAUACUUUAAAUAAAGUCUCCCAAGGAUGUAUUUCGCACACUCCUCUAAGAAUGAUUCAGUCACUAACGCUCAAAGGAAAGGAUUCUCAGGGGAAAUUCAAAGACAGGCCGGAGGAAUUGCCUGGUUAUAGGAAUCUGCUUUUGUAUAUGGUUCGAUUGAUUCAUGCCGAUCCCAUGCUGAUGCUGAAUAAUCAAGGCAAAGCUGGUCAUGAAAUACAAAGCUCUACAUUGGAACUGAUCAAUGGGUUAGUGUCACUUGUUCAUCAACCUUCCAUGCCUGACGUUGCCCAAGAAGCCAUGGAAGCACUCUUGGUGCUUCACCAUCCGGAAAAAAUUCAAUCAUGGAAUCCCGAAGCUCCCAUCAAUACAUUCUGGGAUGUGAGUUCCCAAGUUCUUUUUUCGAUAUCGCAGAAAUUGAUUCAACAUCAAAUACUCAAUUACACUGAUAUUCUGAGAUGGUUGAGGGAAAUUCUAAUAUGCAGAAAUGGUUUCUUGUCGAGAAACAAAGAAUACGCCAAUGUUGGCAGUCAGAUUACUAUUUGUAAACAAGCUCAUAUCAAAUUGGAAGUUGUAUUUUUCAUGUAUUUGUGGAGUAUUAAUAUGGACGCAGUCUGUGUGGCAAUGAGUUGCUUCGCUUUACUUUGUCAGGAAGCUGAGAUCAGGUGUGGUUCUGAUGAAGUGACCGUUACAUGCUUGGUGCCAAACUAUCAUGUUUACUUGGAUUUGGCACAAGCUUCCACUAUAUCCGCUACAGCAUCUGGAGAGUCGAGGAUGUGUUUCCCGGAAUUGGUGAAUGGCAGAGCCGCUUUGCAGAAACGGAUAAUGGCUUUAUUGAGAAAAAUCGAACAUUGCGUCAAUGGGGUCCAACCGGCAUGGGAGGAAACUUUCAUGAAUUGGAAUUCGAUGUGCAAAAAUUUAUCCUCAUAUCCUAAGGCUAAACUCGAAGAUGGACAGAUAGAAUCGUUCCACAGAAGCGUUGGGAAAAGACGGGCUUCACAUCAAAAUUCUGAACAUGAACUGGAGGAUCAAAUAAAUGAAUGGGCAAACAUGACAGGCUUCUUAUGUGCCCUAGGCGGUGUUUGCUUGCAGAAGAAGUCACCAUCAAAGCCUCUCCUACCGGCUUCCUCUCAUUCUAGUUUAUCUUCGGCUUCAAUCACUUGUAGCCUCUCUGAUAGUAGAAAAUCCAGUGUUCUGACAGCAACGGCUGGCCAGGAACCAAGGCAAUAUUGUCCAGUUACACAGUUUAUCGAUUGUCUCUUGAGAUUGCUGGUCUGCAACAAUGAGAAGUUCGGUGGGCAAAUACAGAAACACGUGAAGGAAUUAGUAGGUCAAGAAAUGUCAUCAGCGUUAUACCCGAUUUUAUUUGAUCAGAUCAAAAUAAUAGUCGAAAAGAAAUUUUUUGAUCAGCAAGGACAAGUUACAGUAUCGGAUGUGCACACACUUUUUAUAGAACACAUAAUAUACAUCAUGAAAAAUAUUUUAGAUAACACCAAGAAUAAUCAACCAUCGGAGCACUUGGGAGUUACUAGCAUCGAGGGGAUGAUGCUGGGUAUAGUUAGAUAUGUGCGUCAUUUAGACAUGACAGUCCACGCGAUUCAUAUCAAAACAAAAUUGUGUCAGUUGGUGGAGGCCAUGAUGAAUAGAAGAGACGACCUGGCAUUCAGACAAGAGAUGAAAUUCAGAAAUAAGCUUGUGGAGUACCUGACCGAUUGGGUCAUGGGUACGUCCCAUCAAAUAGCUCCACCAGGUUCUGGGGAUGUUACCACGAUCACAAGGGAUCUUGAUCAAGCGUGUAUGGAAGCGGUGGCUGCCUUGCUUAGGGGUUUACCCCUACAGCCUGAAGAAUCUGACAGGGGGGAUCUGAUGGAAGCUAAGAGUCAGCUAUUUUUGAAAUACUUCACACUAUUCAUGAAUCUUCUGAAUGAUUGCGCUGAAGAAGAAGACGCUGAUCAAGAAGCAAGACCGAUUAAUGCCAGGAAAUUGAGUACUCUACGAAAUGCUACUAUCCAAGCAAUGUCAAACCUCCUAUCUGCAAACAUCGAUAGUGGACUGAUGCAUUCUAUUGCCCUUGGAUACAAUAAAGAUCUCCAGACCAGAGCUGCGUUCAUGGAAGUUUUAACGAAAAUUUUACAGCAAGGAACGGAAUUCGAUACCCUGGCAGAAACCGUCUUGGCAGAUAGAUUCGAGCAAUUGGUUCAGUUAGUAACUAUGAUUAGCGAUAAAGGGGAAUUACCAAUCGCUAUGGCUUUGGCUAACGUUGUUACGACUUCACAAAUGGAUGAAUUGGCGAGAGUUUUUGUCACACUCUUCGAUGCCAAACACCUUCUGUCCCCUCUUUUAUGGAAUAUGUUUUAUAGAGAAGUGGAAGUUUCAGAUUGUAUGCAGACAUUAUUCAGGGGUAAUUCACUAGGUAGCAAAAUCAUGGCAUUCUGCUUCAAAAUUUACGGAACUGGAUACCUCCAAACUUUACUAGAACCACUGAUACGUCCAUUGUUGGAUGACGCAAACUGUAGCUUCGAAGUUGAUCCUGCCAGAUUGGAACUGACCGAAGACAUCGAAGAUAACCGUCAAAAUCUCAUAUGUUUAACUCAAAAAGUGUUCGAUGCUAUAGUUUGCUCUGCCGAUAAAUUUCCUCCACAACUGAGAUCGAUGUGUCACUGCCUUUAUCAAGUGCUGAGCAAAAGAUACCCUCACUCCCCUCAGAAUAAUAUAGGAGCUGUUGGUACAGUUAUUUUUUUACGAUUCAUAAAUCCCGCCAUUGUUUCUCCUCAAGAAAUGGGAAUUGUAAUGAAGCAAGUGCCGACUUCAGUCAAAAGGGGGCUGAUGCUAAUGUCCAAAAUACUGCAAAAUAUAGCGAAUCAUGUCGAAUUUAGCAAGGAGCAACACAUGUUGCCCUUUAACAAUUUCCUUAGGGCUCAUUUUGAAAUAGGACGGAGAUUCUUCAUUCAGAUUGCCUCCGACUGUGAAACUGUCGAUCAAACCUCGCAUUCCAUGUCCUUCAUUAGUGAUGCGAACGUUUUAGCUCUUCAUAGGUUGUUGUGGAACCAUCAGGAGAAAAUAGGGGAUUAUCUAUCAAGCAGCAGAGACCAUAAGGCUGUUGGAAGGAGACCUUUCGAUAAGAUGGUCACCCUUCUUGCGUAUUUAGGUCCACCAGAGCAUAAACCUGUGGAUUCACAUCUCGUUUUUUCAUCUUACGCCCGUUGGAGUUCGAUCGACAUGUCGUCCACUAAUUUUGAAGAGAUGAUGGUUAAACACAACAUGCACGAAAAGGAAGAAUUCAAAUCGAUCAAAACCCUCAACAUAUUUUACCAAGCAGGAACGAGCAGGGCUGGAUAUCCCAUAUUCUAUUACAUUGCACGAAGAUACAAAAUAGGAGAUACUAAUGGCGAUCUACUAAUUUAUCAUGUCAUCCUAACUUUGAAACCAUUCUGUCAUUCCCCAUUCGAAUUGGUCGUCGAUUUCACUCACACCUGCGCAGAUAAUCGUUUUAGAACGGAAUUUUUACAAAAAUGGUUUUAUGUACUACCUGAAGUGGCUUACGAAAAUAUACAUGCUGCGUAUAUAUACAACUGUAACAGUUGGGUAAGGGAAUACACCAAAUUUCACGAUAGAAUAUUAGCUCCCUUGAAAGGAAAUCGAAAAUUGAUUUUUAUAGAUUAUCCUAACAAAUUGCACGAAUUCAUCGAGCCUGAGCAACAGAAACUUCCCGGUGCUACUCUGAGUUUGGACGAGGACUUGAAAGUUUUCAGCAACGCACUCAAACUUUCCCAUAAGGAUACGAAGGUGGCUAUCAAGGUUGGGCCAAGCGCUAUUCAGAUAACCUCUUCGGAAAAGAGUAAGGUGUUAGCUCAUUCUGUAUUGCUAAAUGAUGUAUAUUACGCUUCGGAGAUCGAGGAAGUGUGUUUGGUUGAUGAUAAUCAGUUCACGUUAACCAUCGCUAAUGAAAGCGGUCCAUUGAGUUUCAUUCAUAAUGAUUGUGAUAACAUUGUCCAAGCUAUCAUUCAUAUCAGAAACAGAUGGGACCUAAGUCAACCUGACUCCGUGACUGUGCAUCAGAAAAUCAGACCGAAAGAUGUGCCUGGUACACUUCUAAACAUGGCGCUUCUCAAUUUGGGCUCGUCCGAUCCAAAUUUGAGAACGGCCGCAUAUAACCAGUUGUGCGCUCUCACGGCUACCUUCGACCUCAAAAUAGAGGGCCAGCUGUUGGAGACACAAGGGUUGUGCAUUCCGUCGAACAACACGAUUUUCAUCAAAUCCGUAUCUGAGAAAUUAGCUACAAAUGAACCCCACCUUACUUUGGAGUUUCUCGAAGAGUGUAUUCAGGGAUUCAGGGUGUCGAGCAUUGAACUCAAACAUUUGUGCCUUGAAUAUAUGACUCCAUGGCUGGCGAAUCUAGUGAGAUUUGUCAAGCCCAAUGAGGAGAAAAAGAGGCAGAAACAAGUGGCCCUUAUUUUGGAAAAACUGAUUUCUCUGACAAUUGAAGAAGUCCAGAUGUAUCCUUCAAUCCAAGCAAAAAUUUGGGGCUCCAUAGGCCAAGUACCUGAGUUGAUAGAUAUGGUUCUGGAUAAUUUCAUACAUAGAUCAGUGAAUUCUGGAUUGAAUUCGCCAAUGGUGGAAAUAAUGGCCGAUACAGCUGUAGCUUUAGCUUCGGCCAAUGUGCAACUUGUUGCUAAGAAGGUGAUCGGAAGAUUGUGUCGGGUUGUGGAUAAGACUUGUCAUACCCCAACACCGUUAUUGGAAUUGCACAGUAUGUGGAACGACAUUGCAAUAUUAGCCAGAUAUCUAUUGAUGUUGUCUUUCAACAAUUGUCUAGAUGUAGCCAGGCAUUUACCAUACUUAUUUCAUACUGUUACGUUUUUAGUUUGCUCAGGUUCAAUCAAUAUGAGAGCUUCAACUCAUGGACUCGUUAUCAACAUUAUCCAUUCUUUAUGUACCUGUACACAACCGAAAUUCUCUGAGGAGACUUUGAGAGUUUUACGCUUGUCGUUGGAUGAGUUCUCUCUGCCCAAAUUUUAUUUACUGUUUGGUAUCAGCAAGGUCAAGUCUGCAGCUGUAACGGCUUUCAGAUCAAGUUAUCGCCAUUCUAACGAAAAGUGGUUGGGGGCUGAAAGGAACUUGGGUGGUUCCACCUCCGACAGAGAGAGGUUAUCGUUGACAUCACUUGAAGUUAUCACAGAUGCUUUACUUGAAAUAAUGGAAGCUUGUAUGAAGGAUAUUCCAAAUUGUGAUUGGUUGGUCAGUUGGACUUCGUUGGCGAAAAGUUUCGCGUUUUGCUUCAACCCUGCGUUACAACCUAGGGCUUUGAUUGUGUUUGGUUGUAUCAGUAAAAGCGUCACUGAUCACGAUAUGAAGGAACUGUUACGGAUUUUAGUGAAAGCUUUGGAGAGUUUCAGCGAUAUAACUUUGAUAGAAGCAUUAGUUAUGUGCAUGACUAGACUCCAACCGCUUUUGAGGCCUGAAUCUCCAAUACAUAAGGCCUUAUUUUGGGUAGCUACGUCGGUCCUCCAAUUAGACGACAUUUCUUUGUAUGCAUCUGGAUUGGCUCUUUUGGAACAAAACCUUCAUACAUUAGAUUCUCAAGGGAUGUUCGAUGAGAGGUCGAUCGAACAAGUAAUGAUGUCGACGAGAGAACCUUUGGAAUGGCAUUUCAAGCAACUUGACCACGCAGUUGGUCUCAGUUUCAAAGCUAAUUUUCAUUUUGCAAUUGUCGGUCACUUACUGAAAGGUUUUAGACAUCCAACUCCCACAACCGUAUCUAGAACCUCAAGGGUGUUAUCAAUGCUCCUAGCGAUUGUAGCAAAAACUCAUAGGAGGGAUAAAUUCGAAGUAACACCGAACAGUGUUGCGUAUCUUACGGCACUUGUUGGUGUAUCCGAAGAAGUUCGUAGCAGAUGUCAUAUCAAACAUGGAGUGGCUAAAUACAUGUCAGAUUCUAUGUCUCAGGAAAAUUUUAUGAGUAAUGAUUCCAUGAAUCAACAACAGAGUACAAAUUCGAGUAAUCAAGGUACUGCCACCGAUAGCACUAGUGUAAAUAAAAGGCAGAAAUCUUGGGAAUUACUUGACCAAUCAACUUUGGCUCAAGCUAACCCAAAAAGCACAACUCAACACCAAAAUCGCAGUACGCGUGUUUCUAUAAGCAAUGAAAGCAAUAUAUUAUUGGAUCCAGAAGUUUUAACCGAUUUCUCUACUCAAGCACUUGUUCUAACCGUUCUUGCUACUUUAGUCAAAUAUAGUACUGAUGAUGCAGAAACGAGAAUUUUGUACCAAUAUCUUGGGGAAGGCGCAGUGGUUUUCCCUAAAGUUUUCCCUGUAAUUUAUAAUUUAUUAGACAUGAAAAUAAACAACGUUUUAACAUGUUGUCAUGACCAAGUAAUACUAGGGGCUGUGAGAAAUAUUAUUCAGAAUAUGAUUGCGUGUGAAGACACUAGCCAACAACAGCUGCACUAUCUGCAAAGUUGUGGUUUCGGAGGACUUUGGAGGUUUGCCGGUCCAUUCAAUAAGUACAAUACUACAGCUGAAAGUAGUGAAUUAUUUGUAAAUUAUUUAGAAGCUAUGGUCGAAAUGUUUCUACCCAUAGAUGAUUCAGAGGGGGAGAAUGGAGAAAUGCCUCAGUAUCCUUCGAUGCUGAGUGUCAGCUCGAACAUGAAUCUCUCUUCGAGUUUGUCAAGCUUAACAUUGGGUUCUCCGACAGAGAAGGAAAUAUCUAGGGAUCUAGGGGGGGGAAGUACUUCAUCUCUGGGAAGAAAUUCUUAUCCAAAAUCGUCUAAAAUGCAUUUACAUUCUGAAAAUACUUCGAUUUUCAAAUGAAGUGAGGUGAAACACCAAUACUAUAUUUAGAUUUUGUUCUAAGUUCCAAAGUAAGCAUUCAUUUAUUAAGUAUAUAUAAAAGAUCGAUGUGAGCGUCGCGUAUAAUUGAGUGUUGAAUGCAUUUCUUUUCCUGAAAAAUUAUACAGUAUUACUUGUCUGUGUGAAAUUUGACUUUACAUGUGAUAGCAGUCAAUAUACUGACAUCCACCUUAGUGUACCUACCUAUCAAUUUGAUUGACCUUUUUCUGAAUAGUACUCUAUUUUGUAAAGAAAUCUAUGUUUCUGAUGAUUGAAUUGGGAUCCAAAACUAUGAAGUUACAUACAUAAUCAUGCCUGUUAGUGAUUAAAUGUAUUUGAACGAGUUGUGCUGUGAAUUUCAGGAUCUAAUAAUUUUCAAAUCUUUCUUAAUCUAACAGAUCUAGGGACGAGAGAGUAUCUAUAGCAAUGAGACAGGAAUUUGUAAAUGUACCUAAUAUUUAUAUACCUUAUCCCCUUGGUGAAUUUGUUGGUGCCCUUAAACUCUAAAUGAAAAAAAAAUCAAGAAACAAUUCUAAAUAGAUAUAAUGAUAUAUACUACACACGAAUUUUAAGAUAAGAGAAAAUUGAAGCGGUUUAUUCAAUUUUCGGAUUUCGUAUUUACAUUUACAAUUCGUUUAAUUUUAACUGCCAACUAGUUAGAGCGAUAUGUUAUUGGUGAACUGAUCAUGCCUAAUUCAUAUCCGUCAAUCAUCCAUUAGUAAGUUCGAAUAACAAAAUCUUACUCCUAUACCUCAGUGGGCAUUCUAAAAUAAAUGUAAAAUAGUUUUCAAGAGUUUUUCAAGGUGACCUUAUUGAUAAAAAAACAAAUACUCGGAUCAUAUUAAUUGAUUUGAUAUAAUGAAAAUUGAUCUUAAUGAUUUAGUUGUACUGAAUAUUUUGUUGUUGUAUCAUUUGAUAUAUUUUUGAACUGAUGUGUCCUGAAAUAAAUCGUUGAAAUUUG